GGCCUUUGACCGAACAAGAGAUCCUAUUGCAGAACCUGCAGAGCAAACAGAGUACUGAAUUUAUUGUGCGACGCGGUAGCUCUAAUAUCCCAUGCAUCGUCUGCUGGAGCUGCAACCAAGAACAGAAAUCUCACAAGUUCCAGUUCUAGUUAACAUCCGAUCCUUGGUUCACUUAUAUUCUUGGGUUGAUUUUUUCACGUUGCGUCUGCUGUCUUCUUGUGUCUGAGGGCACAGUGCAUCGCAUAGUCUAGAGGCUGGCAUGCUAGCCAGUGGUAGACUUCAGGGAAUGGAAAACUCACACACCUGCAGAUCUCGUCCAAGUUAGCCAAGCUGGUUAUCUUGUGCCCUCCCUGGUUGUUCUGCGAACCCUGGCACCUCGACCGUACUUGAGCGACUUCCGGUAUGCAGAAGCAGGCACAAUAACCCAUAGAUACGGACCUCUCGGGGCCAAGUUGCGGAAACACGCCAGAAGAACCUACGUGGCAAUUUUGGUUGCAAAUAUGCUCAGGGAUUGGUACUUGAAGUUGUUGGAUAAGUAGUUAAGUGGUUGUAGUUUCCUAGACGCUACUAGAGAUUUGAGACAACUAGAAGCUAGACGAUCUGUCCUGUCAGCUCUCCCUUAACACUAACUUAAGGUACUUCCGGCAUCAAGCAAGUGAGCAGAAAGAGGCAAAGGCAGUAGUAUCGGCAACGGCAUUCUUAGAAAGGAAGCUAAAGCCAAUUGAGGAUGCUGCGGAGGACCAAGCUGCUGAAAAGGCGAAAACAAAAAAAGUUAUGCACCGUUGGAUUAGGAGUUUCUAAAAUCUAUUUUGGCAGUUUUGUGUGAGCCAAUUAAUGUGCACUUGAGUUGGUUCUCACGUCUUUGAUCAUUGGAAUACUUCCGUGUAACACGCUCGCGCUACUUGCGGCCAUUCUCGUGUCAUCGAGUAUGAAGAACUGUAGACGACCUGCCUCCAUCUCGACUAAAGGCUCCAUCUCGACUAAAGGCUCCAUCUCAAGUAAAGCCUCCAUCUCAACUAAAGACUUUUUGCCACACGUUCUCCUCCUUCAUACCAUCCAAGAAAGAGCCGAAAGAAAUGAAGCGGGCGCCGUUGUAUGAUAGUAGCGCGCACGUGAACCCCUUUAGAGAGGAGUACGAGGAACGCAUGCGCAAAAGAAGAGAAGGAGCUGAACGUCCUAGGAUGCAAGUUGGCGGCUCAUCGUCUUCAACGGCACGCGUAGAUGCUAUUAAGAGAAGAAAGAUUAUGAUGUUUUUUAAGAGAAUGCCUCCUUGUUUGGUACUGGAAGAAAGAAAAACCUCGUUAUUGACAACGAGAUCAUACCUCCAAGAUUGAUUUUUGAGAUUAUUCUUCUCUAAAAUUCCACAGCCUCCACAAGGCAGUGCUGGUACUGCGGCUGCUGGAGGAGAGUCCAGGCCACGAAGCCGGGGGCCAGUUUUGGUUGCUGGCAAGCAAAUGCAGGACUUACCUGUAAUACCAAAGACAAGUGGUGUAGACCACUUUCCAGCCGCGCCUGGUGCCAUCGCCGCACGUGGAGGUAGCGGCAUACCUUCAGCAUCACAGUUGGACAGGUUUAUAGAGGAGACGCGGAAAGAACUGGCGUACGCUGACAUUGUGAGAAAGACGGAAGCGUCGACGGAUAGUGUGCCACAGGUACAGUUUUUCACCAAAAGAUUGAUUACGUCUUGGUACACGAGUUAAAUAAAUCUUCCUGGAGGUCUUGUUUCUCGAAUAUAACUACAUUGUUUUGCGAACUUUGCUCCUGACAGGACCACGCGACCGAACAGCAACUCAAAGGACACAGCAGGAGCACCUCAAAGGACAGGAGAAUAAGCGACGUAGAGGGCAUCCAAGAGAUGGUAGGAGAUUUGCUCCAAGAGGAACCCCAGUUGUCGCCAGACGAAAUCAGUGAUCUUGUCACCGCAGCUGUAUUGCAGUCAGGGCUUGAUCACAUGGAUGGAGGUAGUUAUACUCUGAUAAGAUAAUGAUCACAUGAAUGGAGGUACUUUCUGAUAUUUCGAGCAAUAUUUCUUGAUGUGUUGAUAUUAACUUAUAAAUUCUCAGAGGAAGCCGAAGAGGUGGCCGAGGUGGUCCGAGGGACUGUAAUAGACACCUUGAUUGGCGCUUUGCAAGAUGAAGCCUCAGACUUCGGAGUAGAGUCGGUACCCGGCAGUGAAAGUGGAGUGGCUAGUCGAGGGGAGAGCAAAUCUGUACGAAGAGUGGGGGACGCAGCGACAAAUAUUGGCAGGAAAAGGUACUGUCAUUUGGGAAACUUUCUUCCUCCUGAGGUGAGAUGAAGUGUUGCAGCGAGUCUUGAAAACAAUGUAGUUUCUCUUUUUUCGAAUAAGCUCCUACAGUACAAGUUCCUUGCACGAUAUUACACAUCCAGGCUGUCCUCUACGCUCGGCAGCGUACCGUCGAAACCUUCGAACCGUGCCCUUCCUGAAGUCGCGGUGGAAAAAUGGAGACAAAGCGACGCGUAUAAAGAUCGGACGCUAGUCGUGGGCAGCCAAUUCGAUCCUUAUUCCCGUGGCCACCUAGUCACAGCAAGCAACAACAACAGCGUCAACACGGUGCUCAAAAUUAUGCCCUCACAUUUUUAGCAUUUAAUUUUAGCAUGAUAUUGUUAGUAGUUGGACACGGUGAUCAAGCAUUUAAAUUUAGUGUUGAACACGGUGAUCAAAAUAGCAUAUUCUGCGGAUGGCACAGUAGCAUCAAAUCAAUGCGGAUGUUGAUCGGAAGAAGAUCGUGAGGUUUUUUGUGAGCUGUUCACAAGAAAACUUGUCGUCGAGAGGUAACAAGGCAUGAGACCAAUAAUAAAUGAUAGGGACUCCUUUACAGCCGAGACUUCAGCUUGUGCGGAGUCGAAGUCAAGGCGUCCUAUCCUAUCCUAUCCUAUCCUAUCCUAUCCUAUCCGAUAUUUAAAUACCUUCUUCCUCUAAUACCCAACCUGGCGGGAAAAAAGCAGAAAUGCCAAUCCGUACUUUAGUCGAUCUCUAUGUUCUUCCAAAACUGCAACCGAGCGAGGUGAUGGGCUAUAAAUCGGGACGGGCAAUUGUAGCCACGAGACAAAGCUGGAACAAACCAACGAUGUAGCAGCUACAUUGAUGUAAGCGACAAUCUUUGUAAGUAGCUGCAUUGAUUGUAAGCAGCAAUGUAUGUAGCUGCAUUGAUUGUAAGCAGCAAUGUAUGUAGCUGCAUAGAUUGUAAGCAGCAAUGUAUGUAGCUGCAUAGAUUGUAAGCAGCAAUGUAUGUAGCUGCAUUUUUGUAAGCCAAGAGGACCGUGCGUGUAGUCUCUUAAAUCGCUGCUCCUGCAUCGUUUAGCGGUAGGGAGAUGGAGAAAACACGAGAGCAAUUGCAAAGUGUCUUGAUCACUCACACCCUGGAGUACUUGCACAUAUCUCAUGCUUACCCGUUACCUACCUCUUAGAUUUCAAUACUCAAAACAGUGCGACCUUCAACGUUACAGAAACUUGAACUUUACAACAAUGUCUAGUUUUACAGUCACGAAAACAAUACGAGUAUUUGGCUCAAGGACGUAGCGUAUUUAAUUCCGACGAGUCAAAGCGGUAUCGUCAAGGACAUGUCGAUUCGAAUGUCAAACACAAGAUUCAAAGUUGAAAUUGCUGAUACAACAUUGCAUUCAUAGCCGAAGUUCUUUCGCUCGGAUGCUAGAAAAAAAAGACUAAGACUUCACGAUG